AUGCUAGAACGAUUGAACCGGCUGCUGAUUCUCACUCAAUUUGAUAGCAGUUCAUACGCCUGCUUCCUUGGUGCAGGACUGGGCAUACCGGUUCGAUUAAUUUUGGGUCCACGAUCUCAGGUUAGAGUCAAUAUCGGGAAUACAAAGGAAGUGCGAAUGCUCUGCUACUUCGCCAGUAUCGGACAAAUCUUGUUCUCUGAGGUGACACGAAAGGAGGGUCGACGGUAUCAGGUGAAACUCAUCCUCUCCAACGACCCUGAAGCCGGCCAGCCAAUCAUCUUCACGUUCGACUCCAAGCUGUCCGCGGACACCGUAGUUCACACCCUCGAGGGCUACUGCAAGCUCUCGCCAGACAUGCGAGACAGUGUCAACGUGGAACCACCAAUGACGGCGGAGCACGCUUCCCUUCUUUCUGCCGGGUGUCCGUUUCGACCCCAAUCGUCAAUAUCCGCUUUUGACCAGACUGGCAAAUCAAAUCAGACCAACGCCAGUCUCCUUCGAUCGCACAUCACCCUGGAACGCGUCCUAGGCGAGGGACAAUUUGGUGAUGUCUACAAGGGCGCCUAUAGACCCCCCGGUGCUGCGCCGGAGGCAGACAGACACCGUUUUUUUAUUAUCGAAAGCCGUCCAAAGGGCGCGCGUCAAUUUGCAGUUAAUUUAAACAAACAAUUUUAUUCUUACCCUCGCCAGGAGGCUGGAUCGUCCAAUAUUCCGGUCGCUGUGAAAGCCUGCAAG